AUGGAACACCUACAGCCUGUGCUCCAGUUCUUCUCGCUUGAGGCUUUAGACACAAGAUUAUACCCACCUUCUGAUCCAGCGAAAAAGGAAAGGGUUGUCGCUCGUUCUACCAGAUCAAAAUGGCAUACGCUUGAAUUCAAGAUCUAUGCGGUGGUGUUUGCAUUGGCGGUGCCAUUAAUGUGGAAGACUGCUAUGGAUGCUUCCAAUGAGCAUAAUCCAAACUAUCCCAAGUAUGAGCCUCUUUUAACUCAAGGUUGGAUGUUCGGAAGAAAGGUUGAUAAUUCAGAUACACAAUAUCGCUUCUUCAGGAACAACUUUUGGCUUCUCAUGGGACUCGUUGCAGGACAUGUCCUGCUUAGGAAAUCAACCAGCUUGUUCGGUUUCCAGGUGAAACGGACGGUUUUUGAUGUGUCGUUUGGAUUUAUCUAUCUUUUUGUUCUCCAUGGUGUCAACGUCUUGAAGAUUUUCUUCCAUCUUGUCGUGAUGUAUUCCUUUGCAAAGCGUAUACAUGAUAGCAAAAAAGCCAAGAUAUUACUUUGGGUAUAUGGAAUUGCAACCCUUUUUGUUAAUGAUCGCUAUUGGGAUGCAUCAUUCCACUUUGGAAUACUCGAUAAUGGCUUCAAGGGUAUAAUAACGCGCUGGGACGUGUUCUACAACUUCACCCUACUUCGUAUGCUCUCAUUCAGCUUGGAUUACCUCGAGAAAAAGGACCUGACUCUGUUGGGGUUGAAGCCUGUCAGUGACAACUUGGACGACAGAGAACGCCUCACUGCUCCAUUGCCAAUUCUGGAAUACAACUUCUUCAAUUAUCUCGCCUACAUUACUUAUGCUCCAUUGUUUAUUGGCGGACCUAUUGUCACAUUCAACGACUACUUGUAUCAAACCCAGUAUUUCAGGUUGAAGUCGACUACAGACACUAAAAGAAUCGUUAUUUAUGGUUUGCGCUUACUAUUUUGUGUCUUGGUGAUGGAGUUCAUUCUUCACUAUAUGUAUGUGGUUGCUGUCUCCAAAACCAAGGCCUGGGAUGGUGAUACUCCAUUUCAAUUAUCUAUGUUGGGUAUGUUUAAUCUUAACGUGAUCUGGCUUAAGUUAUUGAUACCUUGGAGGCUCUUCCGGUUUUGGUCAUUGCUUGACGGUGUUGACCCACCAGAGAACAUGAUCAGAUGCAUGGACAACAAUUACCUGGCUCUUGCUUUCUGGAGAGCAUGGCACCGUUCUUACAAUAAGUGGGUGAUUCGUUACAUCUAUGUUCCACUUGGAGGCGGGGGACGUAGAGGCGAAGGUAAUGGUGGAUCUAGCGGGAUCAAGUCUAGAGUAGCUAACACUUUGGUCGUGUUCAGUUUCGUUGCUGUGUGGCACGAUAUCGAGCUCAAAUUGCUCGUGUGGGGGUGGCUAGUGGUUCUUUUCUUAUUGCCUGAGAUUUUGGCUACCUUGUACUUCAGAAAGUAUUCCGAUAGACCUUGGUUCAGAUACUUGUGUGGCCUUGGUGCAUCUAUCAACAUCUGGCUCAUGAUGAUCGCCAACUUGUUCGGAUUCUGUCUUGGUAAAGAUGGUACAGUUGCUCUUAUAAAAGAGAUGUUCAGUACAUCCCAAGGCUUGCGCUUCUUCUUCUUUGCCCUGGCAACGCUUUUCGUUGGUGUUCAAGUCAUGUUCGAAAUGAGAGAAGCAGAGAAGAGAAGAGGUAUCGACGUGAAGUGCUAG